AGUACUACUACUCAAAAUAAUCAAAUCAGCGAAGGCGCUCGCCACUGAGUAGUUUACCUUACUGCCCUGUAUCGACUCUAUACAUUAUUAUUAUUAUUAUUCCUAUUAUUGCUUUCUGUAUACACCUGUGCUUUACGCAUUUUCCUCCCUCGCGUACGUGCCGGCCUUUUCUUUUUUACAUGCUAUCUCUGUCUCAUUGAACCCCACACACACUCACAACUCUCCACGAUAACUCACAUCAGCCUCCCACUCCAAAUUUCUUCCUCGGAAAGAAGAAGAGGACCAAUCCGAUAUUUUUUUUUCGUUGUACUCCAGCAGGACGUGAUGUAAGCGCACGCCUGCUCACACGAGACAACAAACACUUCAGUAUAUAUAUUUAUAUAAGAAGAAAGGGAACACACAAUGGCCUCCUCUGCCUCCGCCUGCGCAGCGAUCAAUCCCGCCACGGACGCCCUCAUCAUUGUGGACAUGCAGAACGACUUCCUCGUCGACGGGGCGCCGUUGCACGUUCCGGGCGGUCUUGCUCUUGUGGAAGCCAUCAACGCUGCAUCCCGCCAACUCACCUUUCGGUGCCAGGUCGCGACGCAGGACUGGCACACAGAGGAUCACUGCUCCUUCAAGGAACAGGGCGGCCUGUGGCCCCCGCACUGCGUCCGCGGCUCGCCUGGCGCCGACCUCCACGCCGACCUGCGCACGGACCACCUCCAUUGGAUUCUCCGCAAAGGCACGAGGCAGGCGGCCGACAGCUACUCCGCCUUCGCGGACGAGUCGAAGCAGCCAACGGGGCUGGCCGGCCUGCUGCACGCCCUCGGUGUGACGCGCGUAGUCGUGUGCGGGGUGGCGUACGACUACUGCGUCUUCUUCACUGCGAUGGACGCGCGGAGGGGCGGCUUCGACGUGGUGGUGGUCGCCGACUGGUGCGCCGCCGUCGAUGCAGCGCAGGUGCCGGCGCGCACGGCGGCGCUGCGGGAGGCGGGUGUGCGUGUCGUGGAGAGCUCAGCCUUGUCAGCGGAGUAG